GAUCGCAGGCUAAAUAUAGUUUACGGCUGGGAAGCUGCUGAACCGGGCGUUUUUUCGCGAGAUGAGAUUAAUGCGCGAGACCGAACCCGAAAGACGCAGUUAUGUAUUUGAGGGAAAAAGGCGGCGGGCAAAUUGAGCGGCGUAACGGGACGAAAGCGGCUUUGCGCGGCUCGGCCUGAAAGACAAUCAGACGCAGACAUGCCCUCCGCCCGCCUUCUGCUCCUCGCCGGUUUUUGUGUGCAGAUUGCAGUGGUGGCGAAAUCUGGCUUGGUGCUGGGUCCGGAUGGAUCCAAACUGGAAAUCAACGCCGGGGCCUGCAUGCUGCAACUCCAAGAACCUUGCGCCAACGGCCGGCUGCUCUUCUACUUCGUCAGGGAUAUCGAAGCCGAGGACUUCUUCCUGAUGGACACGACGGACGAAAACUCGCUGAGCGAAAGCGGCCUGGAUCCCGAGCUUCCGCUCAAGUUGCUCAUCCACGGCUACAACGGCUCGCUCAACAAUCCACCCAUGAACAAAAUCGGCCGUGCGUACGCGGCCGAGGGCGGCUCGAAUGUGGUGAUGCUGGACUGGAGUGCGUACACCAACAUCCCUUGCUACCCGACGGCCGUGCUGAACGCGUGGCAGGUGGGCCGGUGCACGGCCCAAGCCUUGCAGGACAUGGCUGCGUGGACUGGCGCCCCCAGAAAGUUCUUCCUCGACCUGCACAUCGUUGGCUUCAGCCUUGGCGCCCACGUUGCUGGGUUCGCUGGCUCCUAUCUAAAACCCAAUCGUAUCAGCAGGAUAACAGGUCUGGACCCCGCUUUGCCAUUUUUCCAAUCGCUAAACCGCUCGUGGCGGCUGGACCAGUCGGACGCACGCUUCGUCGACGUGGUGCACACGAACGCUGGGCAGCUAGGCAAGCUGGGCAACGUGGGCCACGCCGACUUCUACGUCAACGGCGGCUCGACGCAGCCGGCGUGCGACCACAGUGAGAAGCCGGCGCUGUGCAGCCACCUGAUGGCGCCUGCCUACUUUGCCGAGUCCAUCGAGGAGGGCACCAAGGGCUUUUUUGGCUACCCCUGCCGCAGCUUCCUUUACUACGCCGCCGGCUGGUGCAACGAGACCAUCGCCAGGAAGGACUCCAUCGUCAUGGGCGAGUUUUGUCCAAUGACGGCUCGAGGGGUUUUUAUGGUUGACACCGGCAUGGCGCGUCCAUACGCCCUGGGAAUCGACCUUCCGGAGGUCGAGGAGAAGUACCUGUCUUCGAGGAACUCAAGCCGACGAGGAGAUGUCGAACAGUGAGAGUGAACUGGCUGUUUACAAAGCAAAAACACUUUCGCCGCGUGCUGUAAGCUGUGGCCAGCGCGGCUGCAAUUAGCAGGCCUGCUAUAUACCUUAUAAGAUAUAAGAUAAUUGAAGAGCAAACGGCUCACGUUUGCAAUUGGGUCGUUUCGCGCUCUUGAAUAAAGGGAAAAGUGUUGCAGAA